GCCGUUUGUUCCCUUUGCAGUCACAGCUGUGCCGCUUCCACUCUGCCCUGCUGCAGAGCAGCCGGGACCCCCAGCUGGCCCCUGCUGCCCUUUCCAGGAGAAACCUCCGGGUCCUGCCUGCAAGGUGGUCCCUCAGACCCCAGCCCCUGUGGAGGAAGGUGCUCUCUGCCACGGUGCUGGGGGUCCCCCUGCUCCUUGGGGCCCACUACCUCGCAGCAGAGCCUCAGGAGAAGAGAAGGAUGAGGCUCGUAGUGGACGGUGUAGGGCGCUUCGGCAGGUCUCUGAGGAUAGGCCUGCAGAUCUCCCUGGACUACUGGUGGUGUACAAACGUCGUCCUGCGAGGGGUGGAAGAGAACAGCCCGGGGUACUUGGAGGUGAUGUCUGCGUGUCACCAGCGGGCAGCUGACGCCCUGGUCGCCGGGGCCAUCAGCAAUGGGGGCCUCUAUGUGAAGCUGGGCCAGGGGCUGUGCUCUUUCAACCACCUGCUGCCCCCGGAGUACAUCAGGACUCUGCGUGUGCUGGAGGACCGGGCCCUCACGCGUGGCUUCCAGGAGGUGGACGAGCUGUUCCUCGAGGACUUCCAGGCCCUGCCCCACAAGCUCUUCCGGGAGUUCGACUACCAGCCCGUCGCGGCUGCGAGCCUGGCCCAGGUGCACCGAGCCACGAUGCACGAUGGCACGGAGGUGGCCGUGAAGGUGCAGUACAUCGACCUGCGGGACCGCUUCGAGGGGGACGUCCGCACGCUGGAGCUGCUGCUCUGGCUCGUGGAGCUCAUGCAUCCCAGCUUUGGCUUCAGCUGGGUCCUCCAGGACCUGAAGGGCACCCUGGCCCAGGAGCUGGACUUUGAGAACGAGGGCCGGAACGCCGAGCGCUGUGCACGGGAGCUGCGGCAUUUCCGCUACAUCGUGGUCCCCCGUGUGCACUGGGACGUGUGCAGCAAGCGCGUGCUGACGGCUGAGUUCUGGGACGGCUGCAAGGUCAACGAUGUGGACGCCAUCAGAGGCAUGGGGCUGGCGGCAAAGGAUAUCGCGGAGAAACUCAUCCAGGCUCUCGCGGAGCAGAUAUUUUACACCGGCUUCGUCCACGCGGACCCCCACCCGGGCAACGUUCUGGUGCGGAAAGGCCCCGACGGGAAGGCGCAGCUGGUGCUGCUGGACCACGGGCUCUACCAGUUUCUGGACGAGAAGGACCGGGCGGCCCUGUGCCAGCUGUGGCGGGCCAUCAUUCUCCGGGACGACGCGGCCAUGAAGGCACACGCAGAGGCCCUUGGGGUGCGAGACUACCUCCUCUUCUCCGAGGUGCUCAUGCAGCGGCCCGUGCGCCUGGGCCAGCUGUGGCGCUCGCACCUGCUGAGCCGUGAGGAGGCGGCCUACAUGCAGACCAUGGCGCAGGAGCGCUUUGAGGCCGUCAUGGGCGUGCUCAAGGCCCUGCCGCGGCCCAUGCUGCUCGUGCUGCGCAACGUCAACACCGUGCGCGCCAUCAACACCGCCCUGGGCACCCCCGUCGACCGCUACUUCCUCAUGGCCAAGAGCGCGGUCAGGGGCUGGAGCCGCCUGGCAGGUGCAGCGUACCAGAGCGUCUACGGGGCUAGUGUCCUGCGCCACAUCAAGGUCAUCUGGGAGAUGUUCAAGUUUGAAGUGGCCUUAAGGCUAGAGACCCUGUCGAUGCAGCUCAACGCCCUCCUUAUUCGGCUCUUGGUCCAGCUGGGCCUCCUGCCCGAGACCCAGGGGCUUUCCCAGUACUUGGAGACCUAG